AUGGAAAAAUAUCCCCACCGUAUGAACUUUAACAAGGGCAUCCUAGAAUCCAGGAGGCUGCAUUACAAGCACCUAUACAAACUUCUUAGGCCGAUUCCACUGAAUACACCAACGGAAAUCGAACUCACGCCACGGCUGUCUAUCCGUGUCACUCUCUUUGAUGCGAACCACUGUACUGGUGCAGUAAUGUUCCUCAUAGAGGACGAUGAAAAAGCUAUUCUCUAUACCGGUGAUAUACGUGCGGAAUCAUGGUGGGUUAACAGUCUUGCCCGCAACCCACUCUUAGUUCCAUAUGCACUUGGUGGAAAGCGUCUGGACAAGGUAUACCUUGAUACUACCUUUGCUCGUGCACAGAAUCUCCAAUAUCAUUUUCCAUCCAAAGCUGAGGGUCUGGCGGAGCUAUUGCAAAAAGUCAGCCCUUAUCCGGAGGACACUGUCUUUUACUUCCGAGCUUGGACGUUUGGCUAUGAAGAAGUGUGGAUGGCUCUCAGCGCCGCUCUAAAUGCCAAAAUCCACGUGGAUCGAUACCAACUAGGACUCUAUCGAUCUGUCAGCCUCGCCCGCGGUGGCAACGAAGUAUCAGCUUUGUGCGGUUUUGAACUUGGGAACAGGUUUGUCCCAGGGUGUCUCACUGACGAUGAAAACUCGCGCAUUCACAGCUGCGAGUGUGACUUACCCUGCUCCAUCGCCAGAUCAGAGAAAACGGUCUACAUCGAACCAAUAGUAGGCCGUUUGCAGGAUGGUUCGCAGUUGCCCGAGGUUGGUAUUGGCGGUGGAGCAGGCGAUCUUUAUCAAGUGCAUGAACUUGAGCUGCCCGAUCAGGCCUCAUUAGAGAAGUUGGAGAAGUUGUGUCUGGAACGAAUUCAUGACAGUCGGGUGCUAUCUCAGACAAGGAAUGCUCUAUUCGCGGCCUUUCGAUCGAAAAGCAAGUCGCUCUCGCUGGAUAACUACGGAAUGAAAAACGAUACGGACAUUCCUCUCGAGAAGUUGAUUAGCAUCUUGUCUCGUGGCCACACGGACAAAGGCUCGUCUGCAGACGUGAAAGACGAAGCAGGCAACCGGCUUCCAAACAUCAUACAAUUUCCCUACUCCCGCCAUUCAUCAUACAACGAACUAUGCGAGCUGGUCUCUGCAUUCAGGCCCAAAGAUGUCUACCCCUGUACAACCGACCCUCUAACUUGGGAUGAUGGCACCUCAAUCCAGUCCCUUUUCGGACACCUCUGUUCUGGAGACCACUUCUCCCACGAUACUCAUAUGCGGGAGGCAAUCGCCAAUGACGAGGAGCUACCUCGUUCGAGGAAAAGAGCCCGUUACGAUGAGGGAUCCUCGCCGCAAGCAAGCCAACAGUCCAGCUUCGCGGAUAGCGAUUUUAUCCUUAGCAAUUCAUUUGCCAGCACCCAGAGACACGUCAAAAGGCCAAAGCCAUCAACUUUCCCAGUUAAACACUCCACCAAAGACUUCUCAUCUUCAUCGUCAUCAAGAGGACUUCUUCCCUCAUCCAUGGAAACGAUCCACGAAACUCAUGUUAAUACCAAUCCAAACGAGCCCCUCAUCGUCCCUGAACCAACUCUUGAAACUGAACGAGCCAAGCGCGAUGGAAUCCGUCGCGCUUGGUACUUUCUACGCUCCAACAUGCUAGGCACAUCACACCUCGGUCCACUUCCAUCAUCAUGGCCAACAGAGGAAGACGAUGGUCUGCAAAACAAGGACAUAAACGCAAACAACAGCGAUUCCAAAAACAAAAUUAUUAUAGAAACACACCUACCAACAUCAACCACUCCGUCCCCAUCUCCUCCACCUCCAAACCCAGACACCAUGGACCUCGACACGGAUACCACCCACCAAACUGAAAGUCAACAAACAAAUCCCCUCUCCAUUUCCGAGUCCACCUUUGCUUCGUUCUCUUCCCAGGAUCUAGAACAGCAGGAUGACCCAAAAACGACGAAAACAGCGGAAUCAUCAACUUCGCGCAGACGCAGUCGCAAGGCAGCGUAUCUAGCAGCACAGGCAGACACCUAUGAAGCGUGGAAUACUAUAUCGCUUGUUUCGGCGGGGAAUAAUCAUACUGAGCCGGAGAUAGAGCUAUGA